AUGUAUUGGCCGUGCAUGGUGCCUCAAAUUUAUGCAAAUCGUGGAUUCAAUGCAGACUUCAAUGAGACAGCUGUCGAUCAUAAUGGGAUUGAGUCUUCAAAGGAGACCCCUGGUACAAGUGGAAAUCUAGACUCGAAGUCGAAUGCCAUAAUCGACAUUCAGGCAGCGAAGAAUGAUCACAUCUUCGCCACAAUCACUUCAUCGAGACUAGACAUUUGGUCCAUGAGACCGGUGGUUCUGCUUGCCUCGCUAUCAAGAUCUCUCAAAUCGUUGGAAACUUACGGCGCAAACCUCGCGCUCGCACUCAAACCAGAUGCAAGUACAAUAGUAAUUCGUACAGGCGAGAGCUAUCUCAUCACCUACGCUGUAGAAAGCGAUCAGAGUGCUCGUGUCCUCCAACAACAGUACGGAUACAGUCAAGCGAAGCGACAGAAUGUGAUGAGGAAUUUUGGUGUUGAUGAGACUGCAGGUGUUUCAGAAGUCCUAUUGAGAUUUCGCAGAGCGUUCAAGAUUGAUGCCGGAAUCAAUGCGGUGAUUGCACAAGAUUCGGAAUUAGUGGUGGCGACGAAGAAGCCUGCUGCUGUUCAAUGCAUUAGAUGGGAGCCACAGAAGGACGGUUCACAUGCUGUGACUCAAUUGAUAACCAAAAUGGAUUGGUUUGGUCAGAAAACUGGCAUCUCCAUCAUGGUUCACGAUCGCGCCAUGAGCCUCUCUGUUUGGAUCUCACAAUGCGGGCAUGCGUAUGCAGUGCAGAGGAUCAAACCGCAGGUGUCCCGAGCAGCGUCAUCAGAUGAUUCAAUACACAUGGCUAAAUCCGCACCCACUUCUUCUCCUAAGCUGUUUGAUGGUUACUGUUUCCACAAAGCCGAGUCCGGAGAAGCCAAGCUCGCCAGCAUCAAUGCUCGAUUCUCCUUAGUCGCCAUUGCGACGAUGGGAGGAGACAUCAUUUGUUAUUCUGCUAAAGACUAUGUGGGAAAUAUUCCACUGUCUCACCACUUCAAACAGUCCACCUCUCCUGCAUCACGAGGUGUAAUCGUAUGUCUCAUGUGGUCUCCGGAUGGCUAUUGUCUUUUCGCUGGCUACGAACGCGGCUGGACGACUUGGUCGGUCUUCGGCAAGGAAGGCGCCACUAGUUUCCACGGCAAUCUGAGCCAUGCUCAAUCAAAUAAUGAGAACUGGCUUCUCUCGCCCCAUCGGGCAACAUGGAUCAGUGGUGGUGCGGAAAUCCUCAUAACGUCGGAGGAUGACGAGCGAAUAUGGAAGGUUGAAAUGUCUCGGAGUGCAUCAAUGGCCUGUUUCUCAUGUGCGAAUCUUGUUCGAGCACUUCUUCAAACUCCCUCGGAGCUGACUGUGUAUCGUGGUCAUGAGCUGCCAGACUUGACCUCGAUAUCAAAUGAGGCCUCCUUAUGGCAUCAUGCUCAAUAUCCUGCCGUGUAUCUGCACAACCAAUGGCCCAUCAAAACAUGUGUUGUAUCGCAGGACGGAAGGUACAUUGCGAUAGCUGGGAGACGAGGCCUUGCUCAUUAUAGCCUACAAAGCGGGCGGUGGAAAACAUUUUCUGACAUUACCGUGGAAUCAUCCUUUGCUGUACGUGGAGGGAUGUGCUGGUUCAAUCACAUCCUUGCAGUGGCAACAGAGAAUGCGGCGGGCUACGAUCUGCGUUUGUAUUCUCGCGAGCUGGAUUUAAAUCGACACACACUGCAUAUGGAAGCUUUCUCAAUGCCUAUUGUGUUUGUCGGCCCUUCAGGUGAAGACUCUCUCCUGGUUUAUACCUAUGAAAAUAUUCUUUAUCACUAUAUCCUCAACAUCACACCGCGUGGAGCGCAACUCGUACAAGUUGGACAGAUCGCGUUUCAUGGUAUAGUUCGCGCACCGAGCCGUGUUCGGUCGGUUAGCUGGGUGGUUCCUGAUGUCCAACUUCGCAAUGGCGAUCCAUCUCGAGAUGUGGAAUUUGCAUCAGUGCUCUUCUUGGUGGAUGAUAAGUUGGUAUUGUUACAAUCUUCCCGCAAUGAGAAAGAUGAGCUUAAAUAUGACAUGCGCGUCAUUGCACAACACGUCGAGUACUACAUCCUCAUGCGCGAUCAAAUAUACUUCAACUUUACCGGCCCAGAAGAAUCAGCCCCACCGACGCCCUCACCUGGAACUUCAUUCACCAUGAGGAGCCAGCAUCAGUACUCACUUCGAGACUCUCUUUGGAUAUUCAGUGGCGAUGAUCUCAGGCUCUGGCCUGAUGUACGCGACCUGUUCCAACACGCUGCAGAUGGCAAUCUAAACUCCACCCCCGUGCUCUGCAUGCCUGUCGACUUCUAUCCGCUGUCAAUUCUCUUGACCAAGGGAAUAGUCCUAGGGAUAGAAUCCGAACUCGUGCAAAGGCGAGACGUCAACUACGCUCAAUUCCGCUCAGGCAUCCGAACCCAGUUAUUCCUCCCUUACGUCCUCAGGCAUCAGCUCUGCGAAGCUGACGACACUGCCGCAGCGUUUGGUCUUGCGAACCAGUACAACCACCUGAGCUACUUCCCUCACGCCCUGGAAAUUCUACUGCACCACGUUCUCGACGACGAGGUUGACCGACUCCGCGACCUCAAGAAGAAGCAGAAGGACAAGACAAAAGCGGAAGGUGGCCUAGGCGGGGCAGGGGCGACGGAAGAACAGAAUCCAACGUUGCUAUCAUCAAUUGAACUGACCUUGAACCUAGGGCCCUUGCCCGCAGUGCUGUCAUUUCUUCAACUCGUCCUCCCACCCGCAACCUACCUCUCGACCAUCGUGCAGUGCAUCCGCAAAACCGAACUCAGCUCGUGGCGCACACUCUUUGCGCACUUGCCCCCCGCGCUGACGCUCUUCGAAGAAGCCCUCGCGCUCGAAGAUCUCAAAACCGCAAGCGGCUAUUUAAUCGUCCUCCAGGGCCUUGAAGAGGAAGAAGACGAAGCAGCUGAGGAAGGCGCUCCAGCGAACAAGGAGGACCUAUCCGACUCCGCAGGAGCGGAGAGUGCCCCUCAUAGAUACGAUGCGCGCAAGUUCGAAGGCUACGUGAUCCGGCUGAUGAAGCUCGCGCGGCGCAAGAACGACAUGGAGGCUCUGUCCGAACUGGCGCGCUUCUUGAUGGGCAUCGAUCCACGCGGCGAGGCGCUGCGUAGAGUCGUUGUUGGCGUCGGGUUUAGAGACGGUGACGAGAACAAACCUAAGUAUCUCGACCCUGAGAGGAGAGUUUCGGGCACUCUGGGUGGUGCUGGUGCUGGUGCUGGUGGUGGUGGUGUUGCCACUACUUUGACUAUUCCGCCAGUGAGAACUAGACCGAUGCGUGGUGGGAGUGCUGUUAGCAGUCGCAGUCCGAGUGCCAGCGCGAGUGAGGGCAGACUGAGUCCUGCCAGUGCGUCGAUGGACUAUUUCUCGGCGUCGCCGGGUGGGUAUUAG